UCACUUGUUGCUGAGCAGGGGCAGAGGCGUCAGCUGACCGCGGAGCUCCGAACGCAUCCCCAUUCAGAGCCUGCAACCGAAGCGGGGGAGUCUGUGCCGCCUGCGACCCGCCGCGCUGCCGCCACACAGGAAGUCGGGUUUCAUGUCUGCGUCAGUCCCGUAUCCAUGGCCGAGCGGACACUUCUGUCUCGUCUGUGGACUCCUGCUCCUGGUCUCCUCCCUGCCCCUCUCUGCAGGCAGGGUGAACAACUGUCCGCACCCUCUGGUCCCAGAACAUGGAGGCUUCAAAUGCAUCCGCUCUCCAUGCCGCGGUUUUCAUCCCGGUAUCUCCAUCCGGAUCUUCUGCGAGAACGGAUUCACACCCAAUCACACAAUGGUCAUCAAGUGUCACAAGGGGAAGUGGCGCACACCCAUGCCGUCCUGCGACCCCAUAAAAGACAAGGUGAAACCUGAGAGUGACAUUAAUGACAUGCCCAGCAUGGCCACCACCGCUGUUGGCGUGUCCAUCUUCCUUCUCACCACCACCGCUUGCCUGAUCGUCAAAUCCCGCCUCCUCCCCUGCCGAUCACAAGGCCGUCGUUCCUCAGAUCAGUUAGACCUGAUGGUGGACGGACUUCCCAUCUCUCUUCCCUCCUACGAAGAGGCCGUUUAUGGCAGCUGGGGGCAGCGUAUUGCUCCCUGCUCCGCUCCUGGACCGACGCAGCUCCUCUUGGCCCAGGAGGACCCCGGUUAUUGCCCAUUGCCUCGGGGCAACCAGCCAGAUGGCAGCAACCAGCCCCUCCUAUUCGUCCAGAGCCCAGAGAACCCCCCUCCGCCGUACGAAGAGGUCCAAUCAUCACACCCCAGAGACAGGGUGAGCAGCGUGAGCAUCCGGGACCUCGCAGACGAUAAAGACACUUGAUUGGCAAGCUGUGGGGUUCAGGAGGAUCUCCUGUGGAGACACAAUUGUGACCGCUAAUAAUCUUCAGCGUUUUGUCCGAAGAUGAUUGUGGAUCAGCCGACACUGACAGCUGACGCAUUUACUACCUGCACUUUCCCUGGUCGGCUGCAGCUCAGCAGCAUCAGGACCGCUCUGAUCCGACGAGCUCCGCCAGCUCUCGGCUGACGAGGACUGAGGUGUUUUUGUUUUUGAAACGACAUGCUGAUGGUAUUUUGUGGGUCUGUGUGUACUCGACGUACGUGACGCAGGGUUCUGGGUAAAUUUGUCUGCUGAUAACAAAUUCCUGGCGGGUUUCUAAGCUGUUAAACAUUAAUUUAUGUAACCGUUUUAAGGCGUGUUUUCAGUGCUGUUCUGGAGACAUUGUCUAUCCCUCCCGUCAGUGACGGGGCUCAUCCUGGCUUCUUCCAUGAAGUCGGCUGCCUGCAGUUACAGAAACGUGUCCGUUUCCAUGGUGAUUGGCACCUCUUGUGUCUUAGACUUUUUGCUUCUUCAGGUUCAAUCAGACUGUGGUGCAGAUUUAUUGUAAUUAUUUACAAAUGUGUAUUUCUAAUGUACAGAAAAAAAUAUAUAAUAUAUAUAUAUCGAUAUAUGAAAUGAUAGAUUUUUGUUGUGUAUAAUCAUUGCAGAGUGGAGUGUAUAUUUUUUUAAUGACAUUUAAAUCUAAUGUGUAAACAUUUUAAUUUAAAUUAGAUGAGACUAAUGGAUGUUUUUAUUUAAUUUCUUUAUUUUUUUCUUAACCUGCAAAAACAAAGACAAAAAGAGAACCUGAAACCUUUGGACCUGUAAUCUUUUAGUUUUCCGUCUUUCUUGGAUGUUUUUGGAGAUGCCUUCACAGACCUUGAAUGUAUUUAGUGUUUCAUUUUGUGUUGCUAUUUUAAAUACUGUAAUACUUGCAGCUGAUGAUUUGUUCUCUGUAUUAUUGCACACAAUUCUAAUAGAAAUAAAUGU